AUGAAAAAAUUAAAAAGAUGUGAAACGGCAUCGUUUUCAAGGCCACCCUAAAAAUUUCUCAAAACUAUAUAUAGUGGACAGGCCAUGGUUCUCAUAAACCAACAACAACAAAGUUAGGGUUUCAGUUUUGCACGCUAAUCGGAAUCUCUCACAGUAAUUCUAAUCUAGAAGGACUUGAGCUAUGGGAAAGAGGAAGUCAAGGGCAAAGCCACCACCUAAGAAGCGGAUGGACAAGCUUGAUACUGUCUUCAGCUGUCCCUUCUGUAACCAUGGCACCAGUGUUGAAUGCCGCAUUGAUAUGAAGAACUUAAUUGGUGAAGCUGUAUGCUUGAUAUGCCAAGAGAGCUUCAGCACCACUAUCACAGCUUUAACUGAACCAAUCGACAUAUACAGUGAAUGGAUUGAUGAAUGUGAACGGGUGAACAACCUUGAAGAUGAUGGUGCUUAGUCUAGAAAACCUAAUGGGUGUUGAAUAGGUUUUCUUAUAUGUGUUAGUUGAUUGUGCCACUCUUUGGUGUCUUGUUACAGUAUGAGUUUCAUAUAGCAAACCGAAAAGUUGUGUGUAAUUGAAUGAUUAGUAAUGGAGCUUGGCGAAUAAUGGCUUCAUGAAUUUUAGAAGAUGCAAUAUAUAUAUGGCUUACAUUAUGAUGCAAA